AAUUCAAAGCAGCGCGGGAAGAAUCGCGCUUGCGCGUUUGGCGGGCCGGCUCAGUGGGACGCGCUUGGGAGGCGGCUACCGCGGCCGUCCUAACUUCGGUGAACCCUGCUGCUCUCGCCCGUGCACAUGACUCCGUAGCCCGCUCAGUGCGUUCCAGUCGUGUGUAGUGGAAGCCUCUUUGGGGACUCAGAUGGAGGAGCCAAUGGCGUUUUCUCCCCUGCGUGGCUGUGACAGGUGUCCAGCUGAUGACUCUUUAAAAAAAUAUGAGCAGAGUGUUAAACUUUCAGGUAUUAAAAGAGAUAUCGAGGAGCUUUGUGAAGCUGUACCACAGCUUGUCAGUGUGUUCAAAAUUAAGGACAAAAUUGGAGAAGGCACCUUCAGCUCUGUUUAUUUGGCCACAGCACAGUUGCAAGAAGGACAUGAAGAGAAAAUUGCGCUGAAACACUUAAUCCCAACAAGUCAUCCUGUGAGGAUUGCAGCAGAGCUUCAGUGUCUGACGGUUGCAGGGGGGCAAGACAAUGUCAUGGGAGUUAAGUACUGCUUCAGAAAAAACGAUCAUGUGGUUAUUGCUAUGCCGUAUCUGGAACACGAGUCUUUUUUGGACAUUUUGAAUUCUCUUUCCUUCCAAGAAGUUCGGGAAUAUAUGUUUAAUCUUUUCAUAGCUUUGAAACGGAUUCAUCGGUUUGGUAUUGUUCACCGUGAUGUGAAGCCCAGCAAUUUUUUAUACAAUAGACGCCUUAAAAAGUAUGCCUUGGUGGACUUCGGUUUGGCCCAAGGAACACGGGACACAAAAAUAGAACUGCUCAAGUUUGUCCAGUCUGAAGCUCAGCAGGAAGAUUGUUCACAAAACAAGUAUCACGGAGUCUCUGGACACAAGGGCCCACGGAGUCGCCCAGCACCUAAACACGGGGAGCAGCAGUGUGCCACAAAACCUUCUGUCAAAAGACCCUACGCAAACACACAACUUCACAUUAAGCAAGGAAAAGACGGAAAGGAGGGAUCUGUAGGCCUUUCUGUCCAGCGCUCUGUUUUUGGAGAAAGAAAUUUCAAUAUACACAGCUCCAUUUCCCAUGAGAGCCCUGCAGAGAAACUCAUCAAGCAGUCAAAGACUGUGGACGUGAUAUCAAGAAAGCUAGCAACAAAAAAGACGGCCAUUUCUACAAAAGCUAUGAAUAGUGUGAUGAGGGAAACUGCCCGGUCCUGCCCAGCCAUCUUCACUUGCGACUGCUAUGGGACAGAUAGAGUCUGCAGUGUUUGCCUGUCGAGACGGCAGCAGGUCGCCCCUCGGGCAGGCACACCAGGAUUCAGAGCGCCAGAGGUCCUGACAAAGUGUCCUGACCAGACAACAGCGAUUGACAUGUGGUCUGCAGGUGUCAUAUUCCUGUCCUUGCUAAGUGGGCGGUACCCGUUUUACAAGGCCAGUGACGACUUAACUGCUUUGGCUCAAAUCAUGACAAUUCGAGGAUCCAGGGAAACUAUCCAGGCUGCUAAAGCUUUUGGCAAAUCAAUUUUGUGUAGCAAAGAAGUCCCAGCACAAGACUUGAGAGCACUGUGUGAGAGACUUCGGGGUCUGGACUCUGCCACUCCCAAGUCAGCUGUUGAUCCUGCUGCUUCAGAGAACAUUGACCAUAAAGCGUCCCAUGUACAGGCUUCUCAAGCACAGCACUCAGAGAAUACCUUGUAUAGAAGGGACAGUGACGGCUGUCAGAGUCAUCCUCAAGACUGUACUGCCAACUCAGAAGGCUGGGACUCGGUACCUGAUGAAGCCUAUGACCUGCUUGAUAAACUUCUGGAUCUAAACCCAGCCUCAAGGAUAACAGCAGAAACAGCCUUAUUACAUCCAUUCUUUAAAGACAUGUGCUCCUGAUAUGGCUCUCUACUCACUGUUGCUGCUAUGUGUUGUGAGGUGGGGUAGAUAGAUAAUCACAGAUUGUUUGCAUCCAAGUCCUGGAGAGAAUGAAUAACUUAUUUUAAGAUUAUAAUAUUUGCUCUGAUGUCAGAUUACAAACAGAUUAAGAAUUCUUAAAGAUCCAGGGGGAGUCAUUAACAAGAUCUUUGAGUUAGACCACCAGGUAGACUCAGAUGCUUAGUGUCCUGCUUUUCUUUGCCUGCAACCUUACUUAGCCUGUUGCAUGGGUUCAAGGUGCAGGUCAUAAAACUAACAGAUAUGACAAAGGAGAAAAUGAGGGAAAAGCACUGUUUCCAAGGCAGAGUGUGGUCUACACUGUGUGCAUGGGGGAACUGGCUGUUGGUAGUGUGUAGGGUGACCUUUCCUGUAGGUGUCCAGAUGAACAAAUAGUUAAGGAGAGAUGUUUGUCACCUCUUAACAUAGCCAUUGUAAAUUAUAGGAUUUUACUGCAGUUUCUGGGUGCCUAAGUGUUACAUGUAUUUAUAUUUGGAGCCCAAUAAUGUGUGUAUUGUUGAUAAGACAGAAAUGCUUUUCUCAUAGUAUUAUUUUCUCACACCACCUUUGUUUAAUUAGGUAACAGCCACAGAGAAAAGUGAGCACAGAGCUGGGGAGAUUACUUCUCUCUGCUGAGAGCAGCCACAUUUCUGCAUUUCUGUUCUAAGUUGAUCUUGGUCAGGAGGAAUGGGUCUUAGGUAAUUGAGAGAAGAGAUAUAAGGGGACAAAGUAGCAAAGGGCUUGAUAUGGUGAUGUGUGCGCUAUGUACUAAACGUCUCUGUGUCCAUGGUAGCAUACCAGGCUUCACAGGGGUCAGGGGAUAGACUUGCUGAGGACUUCCUGCUUGUAUUGUCACAGACUAUAGGGAACUGUCUCUCAGAGUGUUUACUUUACUGUUGUGAACAUGGAUAGAUCAGUGUGUCUUGUUGAUCAAUUUGACAUGUUUGUAUAAUAUAUAUUUGUGUGUACACACUUUGUCUUAUGCUGUAAUUUUUUAAAAACUUGAAUGUUUUGGGAUAUGUAUUUAAUAAUAAACUUUUAGAUUCUUAUGUCAGA